ACACUACAAAUCCCAUGAACACCACAUAUCCGGAAGCAAACGUUACGUCAAGCAGCCGUAUAAAGAGAACAGCGUGUGGAAAACUCACAUGGUAGCUUACUGGAAAAAGAGAGGGCGCUUACAAGUUUCUGACAUACAAACAUACUGGGGGAUCUAGAGAAAAUGUCUGCAGCUAAAGUGAAGAUGCGGGGGAAGAAGAUGAGAAACCAGCCCGUCAGUGUGCAGUAUCCAUCUGCUCCCCUGGAUGUGGAGAACAGCUCACAGAACGGAGGAGACACCCCGGUCACCGGUGAUGGUGGUCCAUCUGAUGUCUGUCCAUCUACAGAACGGCCAAAGAACCCUCACCAACAGGGCGGAUGGGUCAGUGGACACCAGAAAGAUGGUGGAGGCUAUGCUAAGGAGAUGCCCAAGUACAUCUCUGCUGGAGCUUUUGCCAGGGCGAGGGCGGCAGAGGUGAGCACCAUGUUGAAAGCAGUCACCAAGACAACGGGCAGCUGCCAUGUGUUUGGAGCCCUGCCCAAACACAUGAGGAGACGGGCCAUGAGCCACAACACCAAGCGGCUCCCUCGUAGACUGAGAGACGUGGCCAACAGAAUGCGGGAGAAGAGCCUCCAGGCCGGCUCAAAGAAGAAGAAGGAACAGGCAAAGAACAAGAGCCGCAAGGCCCGCCGCCGGCACGGAAAUCUGCUGCUGGAGUUCAACCGCCGCCAGAGGAAGAACGUGUGGCUGGAGACGCAUAUUUGGCACGCCAAGCGCUUCCACAUGGUUAAAAAGUGGGGCUACUGCCUUGGGGACAGACCCACAUACAAAUGCUACCGACCUUGUUACAGGGCGAUGAGCAGCCACUGCCUCCUGCAGGACCUUUCUUACUACUGCUGCGUAGAGCUACAGGGAGAGGAAGACAAGCUGCUGGCUGCUCUGUCACAGUUGACCAGCAAGGAGGCCGGCCCUACAUUUGCUGCAGCACUGUGUCUAUCAGGGCGAAGACAGGGCAGUGUGGUGGUGUACAGAGCAGGACAGUACCCAUCGCAGCCCCUGGGCCCUGUCACCUUCCUCUGGAGACCCCUUACUCAGGGCUCAACCAACAGGCAGCUGUGGAUUUGGGCUCAUCCCACUAUUAAACAGGACCUUCUCCUUGAGUUACAAACUGUGUGCCAGUGUUCUGAGGCUGUAGUUCCUCCAGUUGCUCCAGUGGUGACACCUGCUGAGGUUGUUCCCACCCUAGAACCAGAGCCAAAACCUGAAAAGAUCCCUGAGGCCAAGCAGAUAACUGGAACCAAGAGAAAGCGCACCUGUAAGGAUGCCAGUGGACCUCCUGCCAAGAAAAUCCUGGGAGAUGGAACCAGAGCUCCCACCACCCCAGUUACCUGGAAGUCCAGCUCAACUGGAAUAGUUAUGAAUGAUCUCACAAUGGAGAUUGUACGCUAUCGCCUGAUUGGACCACAGUCCCAUUCUGUUCUGGCGGAAACUUUGGAAGCCGCUACAGACUGUGACGAAAUAAAUAAAUCCCAGCCCUCUUCCCUCUGGUGGCCUGAGCACUGCAAUGACACGAGCAAGAUGAAUCUGCAUCAACAACAAGCUGAUGCCUUUCACAUACUGAAAGGCGUCUAUUCAACUGGAGAGCUCCCCUCAGGCACAGUGCUGGGUCUGACUGUAGAUGACCCCAGGCUGACUUUACCAACAAAGAAGGUUAAAGCUUUGCCCUGUGUAAAGCAGGCACAAGAGGUGGAUGAGGAGAAGAGGAGGGAGCUGAUGUUGCGAGGAGUACCAGAACACUGCUGUCAGAGUUACCUGUGGGAGCAGUCUGUCCGGGACAAUGUCACAGAUAACAAGAUAUCAGAGCAGGAGUUGAACCAUAUGAGAAGUGAGGUGCUGGUGCCGGGCUCCAGGCUGAGCCCCAUUCCCCUGCAGGGCCGAGUCCCCAUCCUGCUGGUUCACCAGCCUGGCAAACAGGUGGGACACGAGAUGAGCUCCUGGGGUGCUGGAUGGGAUCUGCUGCUUCCCAAAGGAUGGGGUAUGGCCUUCUGGGUCCCACUGGUGUACAGAGGAGUUCGCAUUGGAGGGCUGAACAUGAGUCUAAAAUACUCUCAGAAUAAAGGAGCCCCCCACUUCCCCCAUGAUUUCCCAGACUGCCCUGCAGGCAUUCGUUUCCAGGAGGAGCAGGAGGUGGAGCUCCUGUACAAGUUUAAAAGGCGUCCGCCCGCCAAAAGGACCAAUUACGUCAAACAUGGCUGUCUGGCUCCGUUCCGUUGCCCGUGGCAACAGCUGACCGAGGAGUGGGAGCUUAUCUUGAGGGAAGGAGGAGAGGAGAGGAAAGGAGACGGCCAAACCACAACGCAGGCUGACACAGUGAUGGAGGAGAUGACGUCACAUGGAGAGAUCGCUGUAACAAAGCCUCUGAGCCGCGUCACUGUACUGAGGAACAGAAAGUCACUGAGGCUGCUCUCUGGUUGGUGCAGACCCACAACAUCUAAAGGUCAAAGGCCGUGCCGUGUUGGGCAGGGGCCACCUCUCGACCGUUCAGCUGUGACAUCGUUUCUCACAGCACAUGGGAUGAGUCUGGUGUGGGUGCGUUUGUCACUGCUGUCCAAGGGCAAACCAGAGCUCCACGCCAUGGUGUGUGUGCCAACCGCAGAGGACCUACAGCUGCUGAACAAAGGACCCGGUAGCAGCGGCCCCCAGGAGCCCCUGCACAGAGACCACUUUAAAAGCAGGAUUAAACGCAGAAAAAAUAGCCCCAAGAAAGCUGCUACAUCCUCUCAGUCUUCUCAUAAGACUGAGGGCAGCAAGUCAGACCUUCCCUCUGCCUCUGAACCAAAUCCCACCUCAUCUGAAGCCCCCAAAUCAUCCCCCCAGUCUUCCUCGGACCUCAUCUUCGGGCUGUGGCCGGAUCCUCUGCCGAGUGUCACCUCUCACUGCUCCCGGGUGACUCUAGGCUGGGUCACUCAGGGCGACUUCUCCCUGUCUGCAGGCUGUGGGGAGGCUCUGGGGUUUGUCAGCGUUGCCGGCCUGCUUAACACCCUCUUCAGUCAGCCGAUGCAACACAGAGGAAUGUUGCUGCUGCGCAACCCCACCUCCCUGCACUACCGCUUUGCUAAAAUCAACAUCGAGGUCUGAGUAAAACAUCUGAGCCUAUGCCGAACUUAACUUUGGUUAAAUUCUGCAUAGGCAAUUAUGCCUGAAUUCAUGGUUAAUGGAGAAAGAUCAAUAUUACUUCUGUCCUGCAGAGGCCUGAAAUCAUGUCAUUAAAUCGCACGAUGCUUCAUUCACUAAGUGAUCCCUGUGCCUUGAUAGAUGCUUCCUUGGAUUGUGCCAUCAUCUACUCUACAGUGUUGGUUAAAGACUUACUGGCAUGCAUGGGGCAUGACAAGCUACCUGGUGGUGCUGUUGACAAGAUCAUUUUUAGUUGUGUAUAUUUUAAUCUGAGAAGAGACAUCCUCAUUGUUUCAGUUGAAAAAGGGUGGUUGUUUUUGUAUUUGUUUCCAUAUCAUGUCUUUGUCAGAGGGAUACUCAACAAAGGGAUCAGUUAAAUACUGUAACAGAAUACCCCCCUUGGUUUUAGUUAGAUUAGUUCAGCCUUUUAAUCAACUGGGCUUUGGAAAUGAAUUCAUUUAUGGCUUAUUUGACAUCUCUCUCUCUAUUAAUGAUGCUGAGUAGUUAUGUUGGUGGCCUUCUAUUAUUUUUAAAAAGUCAAAUGAAUGGGUUUGAAUUUGAGAAAAGUGUCAGUUUCUGUUUAAAAUGCCACUGCAUUGAAAAGGUUUUGUUUGAACAUAAGCUAAUAAAAUACCCAUACUGCACUUAACAGAA